AUGCACACAAGCAUCAGUGAGAUCCUGAAGGAGAAGACCCUGAAGCCGUCCCGUCGCAGCCUGCCCUGCCUGGCCCAGAGCCAAACCCACCCACAGAACAUCAACACCUUCCUGUCCAUGCCCCUCACCCCCGACGACAAGCCCCAGACACACCCACAGCUCUACCCUCAGGACCAUCUGCAGUCAGAGCCUCAGCUCCAGGUUCAGGACCAGGCCCAGCUGGUCGACCCCUGGCCACAGCACCAGGCCCAGGACCAGGCCCAGCUGGUCGACCCCUGGCUACAGCACCAGGCCCUGGACCGCUGCCAGCUCCAGGCACAACACACCCAGCCUCUGACCCACAGUCACAGCACUUCCUGCACCCUCAUCUCCUCCAAGACAGGUCUGUCAGAAGGUGUCAAGGACCACUACGUGGAGGAGGCAGAAGCUAGUGCGUACGAGGCAGGAAGGACAGACGAGUCGUUUCUCAUUCAGAAACCUGCCACCCGAGCCAAAUUAGAGUCAUGCGCAGAUUCGCUUCAGGGGACCAACCCCGGGCAGCCCUCUGGCCUGCUGUUCAGAGAUGGGAAGAAGCGUAUCGAUUACAUCCUGGUCUAUAAGAAGUCCAGUCCUCUGGUGGAGAAGAGAGUCACCUUCGAGAGGAACCUGAGAGCUGAGGGGCUGAUGCUGGAGAAAGAGCCGUCUCUGACCAACACCGACAUAAUGUUUGUGAAGAUCCAUGCUCCGUGGGACACGCUUUGUAAAUACGCUGAGCAGAUGAACAUCAGGAUGCCAUUCAGAAAAAAAAGUUACUUUACAGAUUGGAAGAGCAAAGCUAUGGGCGGCCGGUUCCAUCUGAGGUGUCGUCAGAUAAAGAGUUGGUUACCCAGGAACCCCAUGAAGCUGGACAAAGAGGCGUUACCUGACCUGGAGGAGACAGACUGCUAUACAGCCCCCUUCAGCAGGGCACGCAUGCACCAUUUUACCAUCAACAACAAACAGACGUUCUUCUCCAAUUCCACCAGAAGCAGAAUAGUCCACCAUGUUCUCCAACGCACCAAGUAUGAGGACGGGAAAUCUAAGAUGGGUAUUAAUCGGUUACUGGGCAAUGGGACAUAUGAGGCUGCAUUUCCUCCUCACGAGGGUGGCUACAAGAGCCAACACCCUAUUAAGACCCACGGUGCCCAGAACCACAGACACCUGCUGUACGAGAGGUGGGCUCGCUGGGGCAUGUGGUACAAGUACCAGCCUCUCGACCUUAUCAGGCGUUACUUUGGGGAGAAGAUUGGGCUGUACUUCGCCUGGCUGGGUUGGUACACUGGCAUGCUGAUCCCUGCAGCUCUGGUGGGACUCCUCGUCUUCCUCUACGGACUCCUUACCAUGGACACUAGUCAAGUCAGUAAAGAGAUCUGUGAGGCCAACACUACGAUCAUGUGUCCUAUGUGUGAGGAGAACUGCAACCCCUGGAAACUCAGUGACAGCUGUGUCUAUGCAAAGGUGACCCAUCUCUUCGACAAUGGAGGAACUGUGUUCUUUGCAAUCUUUAUGGCUAUAUGGGCCACGGUGUUCCUGGAAUUCUGGAAGAGGAGGAGGGCGGAGCUGACUUAUGACUGGGACCUCAUCGACUGGGAGGAGGAAGAGGAGAAUCUGCGUCCCCAGUUCGAAGCCAAGUACUCCAGAGUGGAGAGAGUAAACCCAAUCUCUGGCAAGCCGGAGCCCUUCCAGCCCUUCACUGACAAACUCAGCAGACUCAUGGUCUCUGUGUCCGGCAUCUUCUUCAUGAUCUCUCUGGUGCUGACUGCAGUGUUUGCGGUGGUGGUGUUUCGACUGAUUGCCAUGGAGAAGUUUGCGUCUUUAGGCUGGGAGUUUGUCAAGAAGAACUGGCAGUUUGCCACCUCUGGCACCGGAGUCUGUAUCAACUUCAUGAUCAUCAUGUCUCUCAAUGUGGUAUAUGAAAAGGUGGCCUAUCUGCUCACCAAUUUAGAACACCCACGGACUGAGUCAGAGUGGGAGAACAGUUUUGCUCUCAAGAUGUUUCUCUUCCAGUUUGUUAACUUGAACAGCUCCACCUUUUACAUUGCGUUCUUCCUUGGAAGGUUCGCCGGCAGACCAGGGAAAUAUAAUAAACUGUUUAAUAGAUGGAGACUGGAGGAGUGCCACCCCAGUGGCUGUCUGAUCGAUCUCUGUCUGCAAAUGGGAGUCAUCAUGGUACUAAAACAGAUCUGGAACAACUUCAUGGAGCUGGGUUAUCCUCUGCUUCAGAACUGGUGGUCUCGGAGGAAGAUCAAGCAGACAGAGAGGGAAGAGAGGAUACGAGGGGGACAGAAUGUGGAGAACAAAGUACAGCUUCCUCAAUGGGACAAAGACUGGAACCUGCAGCCCAUGAACGCCCACGGACUGGUGGACGAGUACCUGGAGAUGGUUCUCCAGUUUGGUUUCACCACCAUCUUUGUGGCUGCGUUCCCAUUGGCUCCUCUCCUGGCUCUGCUCAACAACAUCAUCGAGAUACGACUGGACGCCUACAAGUUUGUCACCCAGUGGAGGAGACCCAUGCCUGCCAGAGCCACAGACAUAGGUAUCUGGUACGGUAUCCUGGAGGGGAUCGGCGUGCUGGCUGUCAUCACCAACGCCUUCGUCAUCGCCAUCACCUCCGACUACAUCCCCCGCUUCGUCUACGCGUUCAGAUACGGACCCUGUGUGGACAAGGGAUACCACCACGAGAAGUGUCUGCGAGGCUACAUGAACAGCAGCCUGUCGGUGUUUGACAUGGGCGUGCGCUGGAACGUGAGUGAGGAGCAGAGUAGAUACUGCAGGUACAGAGACUACAGAGCCUCCCCCUGGAGCCCAGUACCGUACGACUUCACUCUGCAGUUCUGGCACGUCCUGGCUGCAAGACUAGCCUUCAUCAUAGUCUUCGAGCACCUGGUGUUUGGCAUCAAGUCGUUCAUCGCGUACCUGAUCCCAGACAUGCCCAAGAGUCUGUGUGACCGCAUGCGGAGGGAGAAGUACCUGAUGCAGGAGAUGAUGUACGAAGCAGAGCUGGAGCACCUGCAGAAGGAGAGAAAGAAGAAUGGCAGGAGAUAUCACCACGAGUGGCCUUAGCGUUAGUCAUGUGAUGUUAGGUCCCUGUAAUACAUACAGAACCUCGUCUGCAGCAUACACACACACAUACACACAGUACACUUGAUAUACACGCCAGCACACACACAUAUGCACUCAGAUCACAUGUUCCCUUCUGCACACCAAAGAGACCCUCUUCUGUCACCAGACCUGAGGCCCUCCCUGUCCACAUACCCAUCUUCUGUCCCUCGUACCUGUCCAUGUCCACAUACCCAUCUUCUGUCCCUCGUACCUGUCCCUGUCCACAUACCCAUCUUUUGUCCCUGUCCCCUGUCCCUGUCCCUGUCCACAUACCCAUCCUCUGUCCCUCGUACCUGUCCCUGUCCACAUAUCCAUCUUCUGUCCCUCAUACCUGUCCCUGUCCACAUAAACAUCUUCUGUCCCUCGUACCUGUCCCUGUCCACAUACCCAUCCUCUGUCCCUCGUACCUGUCCCUGUCCACAUAUCCAUCUUCUGUCCCUCGUACCUGUCCCUGUCCACAUAAACAUCUUCUGUCCCUCGUACCUGUCCCUGUCCACAUAAACAUCUUCUGUCCCUCGUACCUGUCCCUGUCCACAUAAACAUCUUCUGUCCCUCGUACCUGUCCCUGUCCACAUAAACAUCUUCUGUCCCUCGUACCUGUCCCUGUCCACAUAUCCAUCUUCUGUCCCUCGUACCUGUCCCUGUCCACAUAAACAUCUUCUGUCCCUCGUACCUGUCCCUGUCCACAUAAACAUCUUCUGUCCCUCGUACCUGUCCCUGUCCACAUAUCCAUCUUCUGUCCCUCGUACCUGUCCCUGUCCACAUAAACAUCUUCUGUCCCUC